AUGGCAUCAAUACUUUCUGCCAUAAAAAACAUUUUCGUUUCUGGAGAACACUCUGAUAAAGACAAAACAAAUAUAACUAAUAUAACACGUAUUGCUAUUAAUCAAUCUGGUAGUGUUGGAUCGUUUUACGAUGCAUAUCAAGAUCAAAUAUUAGGAAAAAUAGGUAUAAGUUGCAAAACAGACUUGUCUACAUCACAAAAACCAUUAAUAUGCGUAGUACACAAAGGUCGAACACGUGACACUGAAAAUUUACUUGAAAUAGUUGGUAUUAGUUAUGCAUUACGAUUGAGCAUCUUGCUAAAAAUAGUUCAACCGACUGGUAUUGCCUCUCUUAUUGAUUAUCCUCGAGUAAUUGAUAAACAUACUCGUUUUUUAUACAUUCAUCAAGAAAGUCGAAUAGAAUCAUGUCAAAACCAUCUAAUCAAAGUAAUAAAAUCGUAUAAAUCUUUCACAUUACAAACAAGUGCAACACAUAUUAUAGCUCAAAUUAUUUGGGGUAUACAUGCUAUUGUUAUUUUACAAUUACCGCCUGAUCAAGAAACAGAAAUCGAUAACUUAUUACAACAAAUAUGUCACUGUUUAAAUCAUAAUGAAUAUCACAUGGAAUUCACACCGGAAAUAAAACAUCUCAUUAAUAAAAUCAUAUCUACUACAUGCUACUCAAAUAUACAUGAUUUAACUAAGUUCACCAAAUUGGACGAUAUUUAUAGACGAAUUUCACAAAUGAGAAAAAACUUUAACGAACACCGUCAAUUGGAAUAUAUCCUCAUUUCUAUUCCAUCAUCUUCUCCACAACAUAAUAGUAAUACUACAGUAAAUAUUGAUAUUGAUAGAAUUCAUAUUGAUUAUCUUGAACAAUAUUUACAACAACGAACAUCUGAAAUGAAAAUCUUAAAAUUAAAACUUGACCAUAAUUUACCUGAAUUACUACAGGGAAAUUUACAAGAACAGUUGAAUAGUGCUCGUGAUGAUUAUUUAAAGUUAAAACAUUAUCACGAUUAUGAUAUUCAAUGUAUUCGUGAGUCACUUAUUAAAGUACGACAAGGACAACCACAAGAAAUUCUAUUCAAUACACACAUGAAUUUGGAAUCACCUAAGGAAAUUAAAGAUCGUACUUACAAACUCAUUACUAACAUAAAUGCCUUAGAAAUAAAAGGAAAAUUAAUUGGACAACUACAGAAUGAUAGAAUUGAGUAUUGUAAUGUUGUUCAGUUAGGAAUUCAACAAGGACAUAAUGAACAACUAAUCAAUGAUAUACUUUUUAGAAAUGAUUCUAACAAAGCUAUUUUUUGUUCAACUGAUAUUUUAAAACAACAUUCACAUGAACAAUGGACGACAAUGUAUUGUCAAAUGAAUACACUACGAGAAAAUAAUUCAAAGAUGAGUCUCGUCUAUGCUGACUUUACUUAUAGUACAUGGUAUUUAGACAAGAUAGUGAUUCUAACAUCAAAAGAACAAACAAUAGGCAGAUGUGAAUCGAAUUCGAAAAUGAUUUCAGAUACAAUAAAACGAAAAGCUCCUCCACCACCAUCAUCGUCAAACAAUGAAUAUAUCAAUAUUCUUCUUCUUGGUGAAUCAGGAGUUGGUAAAUCAACAUUUAUUAAUGCUUUUGCUAACUAUCUUCGAUUUGAUACACUUGAACAAGCUCAAUCUGGAAAACCUGUUGUUGUUAUACCUGUUUCAUUUUUAAUUACAGUAAAUAAUCAGUUUGACGAAGAACUUGUUAAAUUUGGUGAUGCAGAUUCUAAUGAAGAUCAUAAUAAUUCAGGUCAAUCAGUUACUCAACAAUGUAGAUCAUAUGUUUUUGAAAUUCUUCAUGGAAAGCGAAUGCGUAUAAUUGAUACACCUGGUUUUGGAGAUACACGAAGUGAUAAUCAAGAUGAACUUAAUAUGAAAAUCAUAUUUUCAUUUAUUAAUAAUUUAACACAUUUAAAUGGUAUUUGUCUCUUAUUAAAACCUAAUGUUCAUCAAUUAAAUCCGUUUUUAUAUUCAUGUUUUACUCAAUUAUUUCAAUUUUUUGGUGAAAAUAUUCGUGAUCAUUUUAGCUUUUGUUUUACUAAUGCUCGAUCAACUUUCUUUACUCCUGGUGAUACUCGACCAUUAUUAAAAUCAUUGUUUGAUUCAUUUUCAAUAAAACGAAUUCCAUUGGAAAAAAAGAAUACAUUUUGUUUUGAUAGUGAAUCUUUUCGAUAUUUAGUUGCAUUACAGAAACAUUUAGUAUUUAAUGAAGAUGAUAAAAAAGAAUUCGAAAACAGUUGGUUACGAUCUGUUGAAGAAUCAAAACGAUUUCGACAUUUUAUUACCCAUGAACUAGAACCAUAUCGUAAAAAUAUUGAAUGGCAAUCAAUUCAAGAAGCUCAAUUACAAAUCAAUCUUAUGAUUCGUCCAAUGUUGGAAGCAAUGCGAAAUAUUCUUCGGAACAUUCUUUUACAUAAGACAAAUUCUUCGAUUAAGCUCAGUGCAACACAUGCUGAUCAUCCAGCAAUAAUUUGUUAUACAUGUAAUCGUAACAGUAAUAAAUUUGGCCCUUUUUGGAUAUUAUCAGAUUAUCUGCAUCACUUGCCUAAUACGGUCAGUAUACAAAGUAUAAUGAAAAGUUUUCGUUUUUCUUCUAAACUAUCAAGAAGAAAAUUCAAUGUUGAAAUGUGA